AUGGCGUCUCAUGGCAACGACGAGAACAAGGGUCCUGGCGAUGUCCGUCGAACUCUUUGGCCUGCGGCUCAUCCUAUGACCGAGAUCACUAGAGAGACCAACAAUUCCGAGCAGACCUCCGACAACGAACUUGUGGAGUUGCCCAGCGAUAAGGAAGAGGACCUCUUUCCGGACCCAGGCACCGAUAUCAAAAGUGCCCAAGACUACCACACGCCUAUUCCCCGCUGGAGUCGCGACAAGCACCUCCGUCAUGGUACCAAAAACAAAAUGGUCCGCAAUUCCAAUGACGGACUCAGAAUGAAUCCGGUCCACGGCUUCGGUGGCUCUACGGACGGCGAUGCCCCCGGUAGCUUCGAAGAUCCCGGUGUGACCCCUACCAAGCGACCCCAGCAUGCCGUUGAGACCCCGCGUACGAUCAAGGCUCUCCGUACCGCUCGCAAUGUCUAUGCUGGAAAGGGCAAUGAUGCGAAGAAGCCAGGCUUCGGUGCUGUUAAAGUUCUCGAUUAUGACCCUAGCCCCAAGCAUUUUCUGGCGAAGGCUACCGCCAGCCUCCAGACCGAUUCUUCCAAGGCUAUUGACAAGCCUGACAUCGAGCGCAGCUUCUCGACUCCUCCCCCUGGCUUCCGCAAUGAUGAGGGCAUCGGCGCACAAAUCCCUGACCGCCCGCACACCGUCAAGACAGCCCCUGCGACCAUGUUCGCCGAUAUCGACAUCGAGGAGGAUGACUCGCCGUCCAUUCGUCGCCAGAUGGACCGUCUCCGUAUCGCGUCCGUCCCGAAUUCGGGCUCUCUUGAGCGUCCCUCGGGUCAGCCCGCUGGUCCUCGGCCACUUGGCCUCGAGCGUCCCCAGCACUACGCACCCAUCAGCGCUGGUGGUGUGCAGAUUACACCGGCCAAGAUCCGUGGCAAGCGAAGCCGCAGUGAGUAUGAGAAGACUUCUUCCAUCUCUGGCCGAGACGUGACACUGGAGAGAGAGAUCAUGCGAAACUUCGCCGCCGCGGCUCGCGAGGAGGAGGACGAUGCAGACGAGGAGAGCAGCCAGGAUGAAGAUGAGGAUGGCGAGCUCACGCCCAAGGCUUCGGUUCUCAACAGUCACAUGGAUAUUGAUGAAGACUGA